UUAACCCAACUUCUAUAGUUCGAAAUUAUAGCUUUCUUGAUGGCUCUUCAAUCCUCCAAAAUUUUGGUUGCUACCGCCAAAGUUUUAGAUCAAAAAAUUGUUAGGCGAUCUGCUAAUUACCAUCCUACAAUUUGGAAGGACGAUUAUAUUCAGUCGCUCAACAGUGAUUAUAUGGGCGAAUCAUAUGGUGAACGAGCAGUGAAACUGGUGGGGGAAGUGAAAAUGAUGCUUGAGAAAGUGGUGGAUCCUGUGGAGCAACUCGAGCUAGUCGAUACGUUGCAUAGACUCGGAUUAUCUCAUCACUUUGAGAAUGAAACCAAGAGGAUUUUGGAGUGUGUAACGUCUGAUCAUACCAAUUUAUAUGCUACAUCACUUGAAUUUAGGCUCCUAAGGCAGCAUGGGUAUAAAGUAACUCCAGAGGUUUUCUCCCAUUUCAUGGACGAGAUAGGGAACUUGAAGGCAGGUUAUUGUGAGGAAUGGAAAGGGCUGCUGAGCUUGUAUGAAGCUUCAUACCUUUUGUUUGAGGGUGAGAGCAUAUUGGAGAAGGCAAGAGAUUGUGCAACAAAACAACUCAAAGAAUAUCUGAAGCAGAACAAGGAUGAAUAUGAUAUGUCGAUGCUAGUGGAUCAUGCUUUGGAAGUUCCAUUGAAUUGGAGAAUACCAAGGUUGGAAACCAGAUGGUUCAUAGAUGUGUACCAAAAAAGAGAGGACAGACAUCAGAGUCUGCUGGAUCUUGCUAAAUUGGACUUCAAUAUGUUGCAAGCUGUUCACCAGGAUGAUCUAAGACAUGCUUCCAAGUGGUGGAAAGAUCUGUGUCUUGGGGAAAAGUUGACGUUUGCCAGAGACAGGUUGGUGGAGAGCUUUUUAUGGGGUAUGGGCUUGGCAACUGAUCUUCACUUUGGUAAUUGUAGAAGAAUUGUGGCUAAGGUUGCUGCACUAGUAACAGUUAUAGAUGAUAUUUAUGAUGUGUAUGGUACCAUGGAUGAAUUACUGCUCUUCACCGAAGCUGUUGAGAGAUGGGACACAAAUACAAUGGAGUUGUUUCCUGAAUAUAUGAAGAUAUGUUUCCUUGCUCUUUUCAACUUCGUAAACGAAACAGCCUUUGCCAUUCUCAAGGAGCAAGGAUUCGAUGCCAUACCUCUCAUGAAGAAAAUGUGGGCAGACCUAUGCAAAGCUUAUUUAUUGGAGGCGAAGUGGUAUUAUAAUGGAUAUACACCAACCGUAGAAGAGUAUCUGAAAAAUGGACUGAUUUCCAUUGGCGCUCCUAUAACACUUUUUCAUGCUUAUUUGGCUACAAAUUCAAUAAGAAAGGAGUGCUUGGGAUGCUUCGAAGAGUGUUCCAACCUAAUCAAGUUUUCAUCCGUGAUUGGACGACUUGCGGAUGAUCUUGGAACAUCAUCGGAUGAGUUAAAACGAGGCGAUGUUCCCAAAUCGAUCCAAUGUUACAUACACGAAACUGAAGCUUCGGAUGAAGAAGCCCGUCAGCACAUUCGGGCGUUGAUUGAUUCAUGGUGGAAAAGACUAAACGAAGAGCGAUUUGCUCAUUCUUCUUUUUCUCAGAUGUUUAUUCAAAUUGCAUUGAACGUGCCAAGGAUGUUUCAAUGCAUGUACCAGUAUGGUGAUGGCCACGGGGUUGGAGAUCGUGAGACCAAGGAUCGUGUAUUAGCAUUAAUCGUUUUUCCUAUUCCAUAAGAGUAUUUAGACCAAAAUAAUUGGAGGUGAGGUGGUAUAGCAAUCCUUUUGUAGUAACUUUUUUCAGUUAAAUUUCCAAAUCUUGAGUCUCUAUAAAUAUAAAUUCAAAUAAUUGAUAAGUUUCCUUUAUAGGUAACAAACUUUCUCUCUCUAUCCGUAUCAAUUAGCUUUGUAAUAAUUUUGCUACGCUUUACAUACAUGUGAUUUGAGUUUUUUUUUAUUAGUUUAUCUUUUCUAAAUCAUAUAUAAACUUGUCUAUG